AAAGAUCAGCUGACGCUUGUGCGACGCAGUAUACAAAGUAAAAAGGAAGUUACUCUAUUUUUAACGAGGAUCGAGGCCAUUUUUAACAUGAACGCGACAGUAUGAGAUAUUAGUCUGCAGGAGGUCAUCUAAUGUAUCAUCAGUAUAUCAAAAGGCACAUUAUGUCGUCAACCAUGUCUGGGGAGAGCGGACGGAGCUCCAAGACAUCAGUAGGCCAGCAGGUUCGGCCUGAGCCUGUGGUGGAGAAGACAUUUGUGGAGAAUGUAGCCGGAUUUAUUAAUGAGGUGGCACCACAGACAUAUAGCAACCCAUCUCAUUAUGAAGGCAAAGAGACAAUAUCGUGGGUGCGAUUUGAUCACUGUGACAUCAAUGAUCUUGCUCAGUUUCGAGACAAGAUCGAAGUCAAUGGCAAUUCUCCACCGCUCUUGCUCAUCAUAGGAUAUGUGUGUGGUGUACAGGCAUGGGUUAUACCUGUAAAUGGGGAGGCCAUGGAGGUGUUGUCUUGGCGACAAGGAGCUGUGCGCACGCUGAAGGUCUUACCUACCCCAACCACAUCUUGCAGUACAGUUGAUCUGUACUCCUUAAAACGCCCAAUAAUAGCACUGUGUGAUACUGCUGGUCCUGGUCCACAGUUCUGCUCAGUUUCGUUUAUUUCUCUAAAAACAGGGGAACAGGUGAAAACAAUUAAGUUCAAGCAUCCAGUGCACGACAUUCAUGCAAAUAAAAAUGUAAUAGUCAUAUCUUUCCCUGAGAAGUUGGCUGUGUUUGAUGCAGCAACUAUAGAAGACAAAUUCACUGUUACUACUUGCUACCCAUGUCCAGGCCCAAGCUUAAACCCCAUAGCACUGGGGGACCGGUGGUUGGCCUAUGCAGACCGACGCCUGUAUCCACUGCACCAGUCAUGUGGUGGCAUGGUGCCUGAGGGGGCAACAUCAUACAAGGCUACAGUUUUUCAUGCUGCCAAGUCUUUAACAAAGGGCCUGAAGGAGCUGGGUGAGAGUGUGGCCUCCAACUUAAUGGGCCAGAGGGGUGCCACUGCAACACAGCAGUCUCCUCCUACCAACAUGCCCACACCUGGAGUUGUCACUAUCCUUGACACACAGACGGUGGGCUCAGGAGAGAUUAGCCUGCUGAGCAGUGGCACUUCCACUGGGAUUGUUGCCCACUUCUCUGCCCACCAUGGUGCACCUAUAGUGGCUCUGAGCUUCGACCCAACUGGUAUGCUGCUCCUUACAGCCGACAAGCAAGGCCACAACUUUCAUCUCUUCCGUCUUCAGCCCCAUCCACUCUCCUCUGCUCAGUCAGCAAUUCAUCAUCUCUAUACCCUCCAUCGAGGAGACACAACAGCUAAGGUAAUAGACAUAUCGUUCUCAUUAGAUUCACGGUGGGUUGCUGUAUCCACUCACCGAGGAACUACUCAUGUGUUCCCUAUUACCCCUUAUGGAGGGAACAUUGGAGUACGUACACACAACUCUAGCUGCGUUGUGAACAGGCUGAGCAGAUUCCACCGAAGUGCUGGCCUAGAUGACACACCCUCAUCAGGUCGUAACUCGCCAGUGCUCUCAGCCUCCCCAAGCACUUCCAAAUUUGUCUUUGAACCCAGUCCCAACCUUGCCUAUCCUAACCCACGCUGUCCUCCUUACCCAACGCCAAAUACCAUCAAACCCCUUGUACAGCUUAGACAACCAUUACUGCAGAAUCUGAUUGGUACAAUAUCAUCUGGGCCUUCACCAAGUCGCAGUCCACCAACGAGUAAGUCACCAAGGUCUCCCAGUGGUGAUGAUGUUAUCAAGGUUGCAUCAUUAUUUGGAAGUCCUCGAGGUUGGCUUGCUGGGUCACCUACAGUGCCACGCGAAAAGCAGAGGAGAACGAUGGAUUCGCUUUUUGUCAUGGCCUACCACGGGAACCUUUUAGAAUACCACCUCGAGCCUCAUGCAGCUGCAGGAAUACCUCAGGACAAAGUAACAGAAGAUUCGCCUAUUGAACUAGAGGUCCAUGCCAGUGCUCAGUGGGCAUUGGUUCGAGAGUCAACUAGUGGAGAGCUACGACCUCCUUUAGAUCUGACCUCUCCACUACUGGCUCCUCUGUCACCUACACGACCAAGAUCACUGUCACCAGCUCACUCACUUGAUCAUGACGAUCCUGAAGAGAGGUGGAUGGCUCAGGUGGAGAUCCACACACAUGCCGGGCCACACAGGAGACUCUGGAUGGGCCCUCAGUUCACCUUUAAGUCCAUCCCUGGUGUUGGUGUGGGCUAUGGUGGUGGUUUUGGCCAAAGUGCCUUUGAGGGUCCACCUGUCUCCACCUCAUCUGUUGGAAGACCUCCAAGGUCAUCUCCUGUUAACAUGCCUGGAGCUGGAGGUGCCAAUGUGCCAGUUCUGAUUGAGGCUGGUUCGCUAACUGGCAGCCAUGAUCAGUCACCAAGACUUAUGGAGCGAUACAGUGGGGACUCAGAAAGCUUUGACCCUGAGACCAUGAUGAACCAGCUGAGGCAUGACCUGGCCGAUGCCAUGAUGGACACGCAGAUCCCUGGGAACAGAGGUGAUACAGGAGGCCAAGGAUUACCUUCCUUUUGCCGUCGACUUUGCUCACUAAAGAGCCUUGGUCCACAUCUCCUAGGCACCAUCAUGCUUGGUGAGGAUGGUGCCAUGACUUCCCACGGAGCGGACAGCCAUGAGUCGACCCUGGAUAUGACUGAUGUGAUGGACAUCAGUUGUGAUCCCCCAGGGCCAUCCUCUGUUCGUGCUAUGUCCUCGGCCUCCCCAGCCAUGUCUCGUGUAUCCUCAAGGCCAUCUUCUCAUGUCGGGGAAGAAGUGCAGGCUGUUACCACACGCCUGCAUCAGGUGGCUGUCACACACCCUGAUUCCCUGAGGUCCUCUCCUCUGAAUCAGAGAACAUCCAGUCUUGAGGACAGUAGAGCUCUGACAUCAUCAGCAGAAGAGCUCAGUUCAACACUGGUUUCAAAUUUUAAGGUUGAUGAUCCUUCAGAUUCUGUGUGGGUACCCAUUGACCGCCCUCCUAUGAGAUCAGUCAGCCAAAGUCCAGAAUUCAUUCAGGUGAGAAGAAAACCAGAAGAGCCUGUAGUAAAAAGAACAACACCCACACCAAAGUCAAGUGGAAAGAUGGUGACCUCAUACACUAAACAGGCAGAUAAUAAGGAAUCAGUCGUCUUUAUCAGUGAGGAUGACCUCUGUAAGAAAGAAAGUAUGUCUUCAUCUUCAAAGUCCUCCUCUUUGCCUGACAAUGAGCCUAGUUCAUUAGGUGACAGCAUGUCCUCCUCAAAGAACUCUGGAAAGUCGGUUGAUGGUGGAAAAUCAUCCAGCAGCUCUUCACUUUCCAGCAGCAAGAAAGGCAGUGUUCAUGUUAAGUCUGAGAAGAAAAUUCCUGAUUUAAUUCAGGAUGAAAAGGAAAAGGAAAAGGAGGAGGAAGAGUUUAGACCAUCAGAGACAGUAACAGCCACCUCUGUAUGGAGUAGGGGAUCUCCAUUUGAUUCGACAGUGGCAACAAAAGCUUCCAGUCCUCCUCAGGAAGAGGAACAGGCCUUAGAGGAAUUCAGCAGUUCAAAAGUUAUGAAAACUUCAGCAACAGAAUCAACAACAAUAACAACAGAGAUGUCAUGGAAACCCAAAAAUAAAACAAAGAAGCCACCCUCUACCACCACCUCAGAAGAUGACCUGUGGUCAACAACAGAAAGUAAGAAAGAUAAGAAAAAAAAGAAGAAGAAGACCAAGACCACCUCUGAAGAGGAAAGUGAAGCUCCUUUGGAUGUCCAACCUACAUCAGUGACCAGUUCCUUCAAGGAUACUCACAGAAUCCAAGAUUCUGAGGAAUGGAAGGACACACAAGUGGAACCAAAAGAGGAUAAUACAGUUACUCUCAACACCAAAACUAAUCCAGAUGCCCUGCAUAUGGACAUUGAUAUUGAGGCAGACUAUUUUCAUGCAGCAGAGGAGUAUCAUGAACCCGGUGAGAAAAUGGAUGAAUUUGUAGACUUCAAGAAGGAGUGUUUCCAGGAACCUCAAGCUGAAAAGUAUGAAGAAGCCCAGGACUCAGUUGUGCAAAACUUGGAAGAUUUUGAGUUUACAAAUGAAGAGGAGGCUGCUCCAAAAGAGCAGUCACAGGAAUCCAUGUUAAGAUCUAUGCAUGAUGACAAUGAUCUUGCAAAAGCUCUAGAAGAAGCAUAUUCUUCAGAUGACAACACUCCUGUGCCAAGCAAAACAAGGACUCGCACUCAUUCACGAUCACGGCCAAGUCGAGCCUCUGAGAUGUUCCCAUUCAAAGAAGACACUUCCGAUGAUGAAGAAGAAGUUCGACUGAGGGACGUGUUGUUGUUUCAGCUACAAUCCACCUGCUUCAACCAGCGUUUCCAUCUGGAAGCAGACGAGACCAGUACAGAUGAACGGGGUGCAGCAGAGGAGUAUCAUGAACCCGGUGAGAAAAUGGAUGAAUUUGUAGACUUCAAGAAGGAGUGUUUCCAGGAACCUCAAGCUGAAAAGUAUGAAGAAGCCCAGGACUCAGUUGUGCAAAACUUGGAAGAUUUUGAGUUUACAAAUGAAGAGGAGGCUGCUCCAAAAGAGCAGUCACAGGAAUCCAUGUUAAGAUCUAUGCAUGAUGACAAUGAUCUUGCAAAAGCUCUAGAAGAAGCAUAUUCUUCAGAUGACAACACUCCUGUGCCAAGCAAAACAAGGACUCGCACUCAUUCACGAUCACGGCCAAGUCGAGCCUCUGAGAUGUUCCCAUUCAAAGAAGACACUUCCGAUGAUGAAGAAGAAGUUCGACUGAGGAGACGUGUUGUUGUUUCAGCUACAAUCACCUGCUCAACCAGCCGUUCAUCUGGAGCAGACGAGACCAGUACAGAUGAACGGGGGGAGACAAGUGAUGACAGAGGAGAAUCCAGUACAGAUGACAGAAGGACUGCCACAAGUGAAAGUGAUGUAGCAGCGAGCCCAAACCCAAGAGCAACAUCCACCUCCAAGAAAAAGAAGAAAAAGAGGCGAUAA